AUGUCCAUCUCCGCUGUUCAAUCCCUCCUUUCCCCUGCGCUGCGCCAUUUGUCGAUAUCAAUCCUUUGUUCGGAUAUGAAAUCUAUCGUAGCCCGUUGUGCUGCCUUGGAGGAUUUGUCUAUCAUUAUGCAUUUUUGCAACACAGCAGAUCAGCUCUCCGUGGCGUCUAAUGCCGUCCGUUCGUGCAAGCGGCUCGUAAAUCUGUCGUGUGCACCUCUCGACUGGGCAGCAUGGAAGCACCUCUCCAACAUCCCUACCCUUCUCACAGUAACUAUUAAGGGAGAAUUCCCUUCCCUGUUGAAACGUGAUAGUUUCAAGUUCGCCCCUUUCCUCAAGCUCACGGCUCUUAAGUUUUUGAAAUCAUACACUGCCGCGGAGAUUACAACAAUCAUACAGCACUCAGAAUUCCCCUCGCUACAAAGCUUCACAAUGUCUGUCCGCAGUUUGACCAGGGCAGAGGCCGAGCGGUUUUUCCGUGCACUGUCACAGUGCAAAGCAUGCCAGACCCUCAAAGACAUUAGAAUUGGCUCCAACACGGGUGACGAGCAGCUGGGCAUGUCUUUGACGGUAAUCAGACAGCUUCUGUGUUUCACGCAGCUGCAAACCCUGCACCUCCAGAUUCAUCACUCCAUUUACUUCGACAAUGACCUUCUUGUGGAAGCCAUGUCAAGUUGGCCGCACCUCCGCUCGUUGGUGCUUGUGGGUCACGCGGGUCUCCGACAACCUACUGUGACAUUCCGCGCCAUAUUCGCAGCGCUUCGUUUCUGCCCCCACUUGAAUACUCUGCAAGUAAUGAUCGACACUUGGGAUAUCGAUAUCGAUCCCACAACCGAGUCGUUUCAACAUACCUCCCUGAAAAGACUGAGGGUGGGCACCUCUAUCUUAGGAGAUGCUAGAACCGUCGCUCGCAUCAUUUUCACCAUGCUCCCGUGUAUCGACCAAGUCGACGACAUCAGGAGUUCGUGGAUCCAGGUCAACUUGCAUCUCAAAUCUUUGAGAUCUUCUGCGGCUCGUGAUCGCCUUGACACAGAAGCAGCGCCGACGAUCUGA